AUCAUUUAUUUGCAUUUCUUUCCAUCACUGCUCCUCUCUUCCUUCACACUUCCUUUUUCUCUCUCCACCUUCCAUUAAUGUCCGCUCUGUUUCGAAGUCUUAGCUCUUGAAUACGCAGGGGACGUCGCGUUUUCUUUCUCUCUCUACCUCCAUUAAUCACUGUAAAAGCUUUUACCAAGGCAUUCCUUUCCUGCAUUUCUUCUAUCAAGGCAUCCCUUUCCUGCAUUUCUUCAGGAUCCAAAGUUCCCAAACUCUUGAAACCCACAAAGAAGAUUUCUUGCUCUCUCUUCUCCCUCUCAUUCUCUCUCCUGCAGGCCCAUCAAGGCCCUGCAAAACCCACAUUUGCCUGCAGCUAAAUAAAUAAUCAGAUUGGUAUCUCCAAUGGCUCCAACUCCAUCUCCAAAACCUACCUCAAACCAUGGAACUCCACACAAAACCCCCCAUUCCCAAAUAAAAUCUCGCUUAAAUUUCAUCACUCGACCAACUAUCCACCCCUCCCCUGCGAAAGAAAUCCUUUCUGCUGAGCACCCAAUUGAAGUCAUUGGCCGAAUUCGAGACCACAGUGACCGAAAAGAUGUACAAAUUCCAGCAAUUCAGAUCACUGCAGGUGGCCUAAAUGUUAGGGUUAGAACAGAUAUUGGGUAUCGAGAUUUCAGGCUUGAUGGAGUUUCAGUUGCAGAGGAAGAAGAUCUGGAAGGUUUUUAUCAGAAGUUCGUUGAGUCGAGAAUUAAUGGUGUAAAAUUGGGGGGAAAAUGCACCAUUAUGAUGUAUGGGCCUACGGGUUCGGGUAAGAGUUACACCAUGUUUGGGUGUUCAAAGCAAGCAGGGAUCGUUUACAGGGCUUUGAGGGAUAUUUUGGGGGAGCAAGAAAGUGAGGGAGAUGAAGAUUUGCGGAAUGGAGGGCUCGGGUGUAGAUGCAUGGUCAAGGUCACUGUUCUUGAGAUUUAUAAUGAAGAGAUUUACGAUCUCUUGUCAAGUAAUGGCGGUGGUGGAGGAUUUGGCUGGACUAAAAACAAUGCUUCCAAGGUAAGACUUGAAGUGAUGGGAAAGAAGGCCCAAAAUGCUACUUUUAUUUCUGGUAAUGAAGCAGGAAAGAUAGCUAAAGAGGUAGCAAAAGUAGAGAAAAGAAGGAUAGUCAAGAGCACACAUUGUAAUGAAAGAAGUUCAAGAAGCCAUUGCCUGAUAAUCAUGGAUGUUCCUGCCAUAGGGGGUCGGUUGAUGCUCGUGGACAUGGCUGGAUCUGAGAACAUCGAACAAGCAGGCCAAACUGGAUUCGAGGCAAAACUACAAACAGGUAAAAUUAACCAAGGUAACAUAGCACUGAAGCGAGUGGUUGAAGCUAUUGCCAAUGGUGAUUCUCAUGUUCCAUUCAGAGACAGCAAGCUCACCAUGCUUCUUCAGGAUUCAUUUGAGGAUGAUGAAGCAAAAAUCCUGAUGAUCUUGUGUGCAAGCCCUGACCCAAAAGAAAUUCACAAGACUAUCUCGACCCUUGAGUAUGGAGCCAAAGCUAAAUGCAUAGUUCGAGUGACUCACACACCAACCAAAGAUAAAACCAACACAGAGGAUUCUAUUUCUACAGUUCUAGGAUCAAGAAUUGCAGCCAUGGAUGAGUUCAUCAUCAAGCUCCAGAUGGAGAACAAGAUCAGGGAGAAAGAGAGGCAAGAAGCAAGGAGAGAGCUCUUGAAGAAAGAGAAAGAAGUUGCAGAGUUGAGGGCCAAACUCGAGCAGGUUGAAGAAAGAGAACCUGCUGAGAGAGAAGAAGAGAUAAACUUGAAGGUUGAUGAAAGAACAAGGCUUCUGAGAUUGGAGCUUGAGAGGAAAUUACAGGAGUGUCAAGAGAUGGCAAAUAAUUUUGUGGAAUUGGGUAGGAGGAGGAUGGAAGAGAAGAUAUUGCAGCAGCAAGAGGAAGUUGAAAUGCUUCGAAGGCGUUUAGAGGAGAUCGAGUCUGAGUUAUAUCAUUCUAGAGAGAGAGAACGAGAGAGUAUCAAUACAUCACAGGAAUUGGUUGGCAGUAGGAUUUUGACGAAAUUGACUGAAAUUUGUAACAAAGAUGAACAGGGUAUGGAAAAAUCAAUGGAUAUAGAAAAAUCAAUGGAUAUAGAUAUUGGUGAACCACAGACUGUUGACAUGAGAGAAAACAGUGGCUUUGACGUGAGAGAAACUGAGGAAUUUGUGGGCAGGCCUAUAAUUUCUCAAAACUGGGGUAUGGAAGAGACAUCUGACAUUAAUGAAUUCAAAUUUGCAGAGAAAGCUCAAUUAAGUACCGUAUUUGAAGAAGAGGGAGAAGGAGAAGAAGAAGAAAAAUUAAAUGAGGAAGAUGAGGAGGUGGAGAAGGAGAUAAUAACUCCCAUUAAUUUUAACAUAAAAUCUGAAAACUUUGAUAUGGGUUCAUCAGUGUUGUCCCCCCCCAUAGAGAGACCCAGUUCUUAUAACGCAGAAUUAAGAGAGAUUUCAAAUGGAAAGGGAAGAUCGGAGAAGCCUGAUAUUCAUGAACCAGAAAGCUUAAAAGAUCCAAUCACAGCAAGAAGAACUCGAAUCCAAAAUAUCUUCAUGCUUUGUGGGAAUCACAGAGAGCUUGCUCAGCAUGUAAAAAUAUCACCUGGUGGAAAUAACAAGUCUGAGUCUCUCUCUGCAAUUCCGGAGCCUGAACCCAAAUCCUUUGGUAAGGAAAUUCCUCAGAUUCAAGUUAUUUCCCAGCCUGAUUUUUUCUCUCCAAACAGUUUGAGUUCUACAGUACUGAGAAAAAAUGCAGAAAGUCCAAUUUUAGCAUCUUUAGAGCCACGUACCCCGGUAACUCCCUUUGAAGGAUUGAUGAGAUUUGAACAGAGAGAAAGAACCAGUGACACGGGUAAACUCAGUAACAAGAAAACAAGUGUAACCAAUAAAUACAGUAUCAUUGAAACAACAGAUGAAGCAAAAGAGAACUUCAAUAUUAACACCACAACAGAGGGACUGAUUGAUGUUUUUGUUAAAUGGGAGGCAUCAAAAGACUUAAAUGGGAAGUUAAUUAAGGUGCUUAACGUUUCGAGGAGCUCGAGCCUUUCAGAUAUUAGAAAGUUGAUUGAAAGGCAUCUGGAGGAUGAGAACAAUAAACACUCAUUCACAUUUCUCAUGCUUACUGAUCCAACAGGUGCACCAGUGACCAGAGAGAAGGAAGCCAUGGUUGAGGUCUGUAAGCUUCCUCUCUGCCACAACCACAAUGGGGGCCAUCUUGCAUGCUUGAGACCCAUCAAAAAGCAUAAUCAGAGGCCAAACCAAGUUCCAUUUAGCCUUUCUGAGAACAAGCUUCCCUUUAUUCCCAGUAAUACUUCACCAUUUGCAUGUGUGUGAUUGAAGAUCUGGAUUUGUAAUUAAGAAAUUACACCAUUUUGAUUUGAUUGUAUGAUUCUAAUGGCUACAAGUCUUGAGCCAGUAUAGAGAUGUUGCUUUUGUACUCAUUGUUUUGGGUGAAUUUAAUUCUCAGUUUUCAAUC